ACACCUCGGCGUCGAGAGGAAAACUGUCAAUUUGAGUUUAGUUCCGUUCGGAUGAGCAUCUGAAAAGAAAACCGUUUAUCAAUCGCAGAGAACCCGCGAGUGGUGCACUACAGUAGCAAGAAAAAGGAAGCGUGUCCUUAUCGUACUUUUAGUUGAGUUGGUGUUUUGACGCAUUCGCAAAAGAAAACACCAGAAGCAGUAGCAGCAGCAUGAAGUUGAUAGUUUGUGUGUUAAGUUUAUGCGCCCUGGCGGCCGCUCAGGAUAGCUUCAAGGAAUGCCUGGAUAAGGAUUCGAUCUCCUGUGUGCAAAUGAUGUUCUAUCGCAAAGCGCGCGAUUUCUUCGACCAGCCUCAGAUCAGCCUCGCCGGAGGAUUGUCGUUCGUGAAAGCCGGUGGACGCGACUCGCGCUCCUUCAAUACCGACAGUGCCAUGAUCGAGUCUGCCAACAAUGUGGAAACUCGCGAGGAUGCCUUGGAGAACUACGUGGUCGAGCGCACGAAGAACUUUUUCCAGGAACGUUCGUUGAAUCUGGACAUGGCCAAUGCCGCCCGCAGCCUGUCCACCGUGAUCCCGGAGGAGGUCAAGGUGUCGAUGCGAGCGCUAGUGUCCGAAGCUCGUGGUAAGAAGAAAAUUCUGAAGCAACUGCUGCCAAUCCUCGGACUUGUCAAGGUGAAGAUCGUUGGCCUGGCCAUUUUGGCCUUGUUCGGUAUUGCUCUGAUCGCCAAGAAGGCUUUGAUCGUGUCCGUGAUUGCCUUGAUCCUGUCGAAAUUCCUGUUCCUGAAGAAACUGCUAUCCAAGAAGGAUGAUUCACAGGGCGGCGGUUACCACGGAGGAUCCGCCGGAUGGUCCGAAUCCAGUGGCUACGGUGACUACGGUUCCCACAGUCAGCCAGCCCAUUCGAUCGCCUACGCCGGUCACAAGCCUGCCCGAAAAUAAAAAAAGGCGCCAUAUUGGAAGCGGACAGCGCUUCACAACCAAGAAAUCUCACACAAUCAUACCAACGCUCACUGCGCUGAUGAGCACAAAAACACACAACCACACACAUGCGCCCUGACAUUACCAUGAUGCGCAAGGCCAACCAAGAUAGAGAAUGAGACAAAUUAAUUUAUUGAAAUUAUUUAUUAUCAUGUUUUUUUUUGUUCGAGCAGUUAAUUUAUUGUUAGUAUUAUGAGAAACCUUCUACUGUUGUUGAGAUUGUUUUGUUUUUCGUGUUUAGGAACUUCUUCUCUCUCGACCUUUUCAAUCCUCCAUCACCCGCAUUUGUAUCGCAUUCCUCGUUGGGUGCUCCUCGGUUUUUUGAGAAGCACACCAGCCCUUUUUAAAUCUAUUUCUAUUUUUUACACAUUCUAGUCUAUAUUUUAUCUACAAAGGCUGAUUAAGGUAAUUUGAUCAGUAUCAAGAAAACUAAAUGGAAAUAGAAAUAACUCGUAACUUGCAAAGCUCAUGCCUCUCUACUACUGUAGUAUCACUGUUUUAGUUAGUCUAUUCACUUUUUGCUUCACUUCUGGGACAUUCACACUGGAGAUUAUCACGUUUAGGCUCAAAAUUAUUUCAUUGUGGCACUAGUUAUUCUCAAAACUUCCUCGCUAGUCUUGAUCUUACAUUAUUGUCCUACUUUUUCUCAUGUCUUUCUUGAAAAAAAAAACAAAAACUCACUCCACCGGACUGCUUCGUUAGAGCUCUUUUCCAUUUUACCGCUACCAAUUUAUUAUUUUUUUUUUUCCUUUCGCUGGUCUCUACGAACGGGCUCAAUUUCUCGAACUCGAUUUCGCCAAACCAAGCGCACUUUUUUUCGAGCAAUUUCGUGCCACCGAAACGGGAAGUCCAUAAGUGAAGCGCAAGUGGCUUCAAACUGAUAAUCUCUUUUCGCCGAAACGUACCCUGAGUAAGCACGCGGGACUCUCUACGGAAUGAGUGCCACACUUCAAACCGGUACCAUUAUUAACACUAAUUUAGACCCGAACUAAUAGUAGUAAUCCUCCUGUACAUCGCGCGAUUCUGUUGUCUCUUUUCGAUGCUCUUUACACUUUAGCGCAGCCCGCCGUGCUGCGACCUCUGUGUCUCUCCUAUUUUUUCUUUCUGAAUUUUGUUCAAUUUUUCACACUUUUUCAGUUCCUCUCGAGAAAAAAAGAAAGAAGAAAAUUAGUGAAGAAGUAAUACUUGUGAAAAACACUUGUAAAUAAAAUAGCAGAAAAAAACGCAACGACAUGCAUUUUGCAAAACAUAACCAAA